AUGGAGCAGCAAUUUAUCCUCAGACUGCACGAGUCGAUAAAACAUGUGGUAGAUCUCGGAAACUCAACAAUAGACAUAUGCGACGACAGGUCUGUCGUUCUGACCCACAAUAACAAGAAAUAUCCCGGGAUAGUUGUAAGACUUCCAUGCAUAGUUGAGUCCCAGAAGACCAUGGACAGCCGGCAGCACUACAAGGUUGCAGACAUAUCCACUCUUGUCGUCGUGUAUCCCGACGACAGUUUCGAUUUUGAUAAGGAAAGGGAGAUGUACGAGCUGAGUGGACUAAGCCCGCCACUGAAAUACGUGAAGGCAAGGAGGUUUAGAAAGAAGAGUAGCAAGAUUGAGUAUGUUGAAGAGAUUGAGAAGAAGGUUAACGAUCUGUUGGAGAAGGACAUGAAGGCCAGAUCUGUUGAGGUGGUUGCAAAGGAAGAGAAAGAAACUUCUGACGAUCUGGAUGUGUUAGCAGCAGAGAUUGAAAACAAGCUAGUGGACAACGCCGAGGCACACAAGGAAGAGGUGCAGAGCCGUCCCGACGAGAUUGGGGAGAAGAAGGAGGAGCAGCCUCGGAAUGAGGAGAUUGAGCGUUUGGAGAAAGGGAUUGAGGAGAAGAGGAGGCAGAUGGAAAGUGCGCUGAAUCCCAUUCUCCAGAAGAGGUUUGAGUCCCAGCUCAAUGUUCUACUGAAGGAGCUUGAAGACGUGAAGAAAGGCAUGGAGAUGGAAUAG